AUGAAUUUGCGGAAGUGGAUUUCAAAUGACUGUGAUUUAAUGAAACAAUGGCAGACAGAACACUUCGACCAUUUAAAUAUUAACGAUUUCGUGAACCAACCACAUCGUGUUUUGGGACUUUCGUGGAGUCCUCAAAAUGACUAUAUUAGUCUUAAUUUAAAAGGUCUAUUGGACUUCCUUCUGAAAAGGAAAAAUACUAAACGAUUCUUGUUGAUGGCCGCAGGCAGAAUAUUUGAUCCAAUGGGAUUUGUAUCCCCCUUCACUAUAAGAUUUAAAAUCUUAUUUCAAGAAAUCUGGCAAAGUAAAACAGACUGGGACGAAGAGUUACUGCCAGAUGUUAAUGAGAAGUUUGAACAGUGGUGUUCAGAAGCGUCUUUCUUAGGUAAACUUCAGAUUCCUAGAUAUGUCCUUGAGUGUGAUAGUGAGAAUCCCCCAGAAUGUGAAAUACACACAUUUCCCGAUUCUAGCAUUAAAGCGUAUGGAGCUGUCUCAUAUUUAAGACUGAAAACUCCUAACAAAAUUUGUGUGUAUCUUUUAGCUUCAAAAUGCCGUGUGGCUCCUCUAAAGCCAUUAUCCCUUCCACGUUUGGAAUUAAUGGGUGCGUUACUUGCUGCGAGAUUGGCAAAAGAAGUAUCAAGAGUCCUCAGUGAGAAAAUACCAGCAACCAACCACUUUUGGACAGAUUCCACUAUAGCCUUGAGUUGGAUUCAAGGUUCCAGCAGCAGAUGA